AUGCGUCGCGCCAGCCGAGACUACACCAAGUACUUGCGCGGCUCCGAGGAGCUGGGCAGCGGCGCCGCCCACGAGAGCGCCCCGGCCCCGCCGCCGCCCCCGCCGCCCGCGCACCCGCACCCGCCGCCCGCAUCCCGCUCCCUCCUCGCCGCCCUCGUCCUCCUGGGGCUGGGGCAGGUGGUCUGCAGCGUCGCCCUCUUCCUCUACUUCCGAGCGCAGAUGGACCCUACUAGAAUUUCAAAAGAACAUGCACACUGUGUCAGAACACUUUUUGGACACCAAGAAAGUACAGAUUUGCAUGAUGCCUCCUUUGAAAGUCAAGAAGCCAAGUUAAUGCCAGAAUCCUGUAGAAGUGUGAAACAGGCUCUCCAAAGGGCUGUGCAGAGGGAAGUCCAGCGUGCUAUGGGAAGAAUGCCACCAAGACCAGAAAAAGCUGCAAUGGAGGCACUAGGACUUGAACUGUACAAGAGGAACAAACCUGAGAAGCAGCCAUUUGCCCAUCUCAUUAUUGAUGAUAAGAAUAUUCCAUCUGGAACUCGCAAAGUAAACCUCACAUCCUGGCAUCAUGACAAAGGCCAAGCAAACUUAUCAAAUAUGACAUUCAACGAUGGAAAACUAAUUGUUAAUCAAGACGGAUUUUACUACAUUUAUGCCAAUAUUUGUUUUAGACAUCAUGAAACUUCAGGAAACUUGACUAAAAGGGGGCUUCAGUUGAUGGUGUAUGUGAUUAAGACAAACCUUAAAAUAAGGCGCUUUGAUGUGUUGAUGAAAGGAGGAAGCACCAAAUACUGGUCAGGGAAUUCAGAAUUUCAUUUUUAUUCUGUAAAUGUAGGGGGGUUUUUUAAGUUAAAAUCUGGUGAAAUGAUAAGUAUACAGGUAUCAAACCCAUUGCUACUGGAUUCUUCACAAGAAGCAACUUAUUUUGGAGCAUUUAAAGUUAGGGAUUUAGAUUGAAUCUUUCUUUAGUGUGCUGAAAAGUUUGAGUUUUCAGUUGUCCAAAAACAACUUGAAGGACUGAAAAUCUUCUGCAACCCGAGUACAUCUGUAUAAGCCAUAUAUCUCUAAAAGACAUGGUUAUGUCCCAUGCAGGCUGGUUUUGACUCCAGCAGGAGUCCUGCAAAUAUAUGGAAGGGCAAAAUGACACAGUUCUCCUGAUUUAGUGUUAAAGCAGUUUUACUUACUGGCCUCACUAGAGUCAUUGUGCCUUUUGCAUUGGUGUAGUUGAAAUCGAAACAAUUACUAUUAUUGAGCUUCUGUUUCCACGUUCUGCCCUGAUUACCCUUACUAGUCUUGGUGCAAACAUAGGGCAGGACAGAACUUGGCUCUCAGCUUGCAUUUAGGGCUCCAUUUUGUUUGUGGUUGAGUGUUCUGACCCUGAGACAAGAAAAGAUUAUGAAAGUGUGACUAAUCCCAUUGCAUUUGAUGUGGCUUUUCACAUGUUGAAUUGAGGCUGAUUUUGCUUUGCUGGAUUAGGGUUGGAGAGCUCAGACCAUGGCAGAAAUGGGUUGGAGAGCAGCUAAACAGUUCAGCUUAACUUUUACCUGAUUAAAAGGGCCAUUCCAGGGAGAAGGGAGAUCAUCUGGCCUUGCAGUUCUAAAGAGUUAAUUACAGGUCACGUCAUUAUUCUUGCACAGUUAAUUGCGAAUAUAGAUUGCCAAACUAUGGUGUGCCUUUAAGUAUUACAUUGUGCCAGAACCUGCAAAGACAUUUUUUAAACAAAAAGUAUGUAUUUUUGUAUUCUGUAAUAUCUAAAGUUAUAUUUCAGGUGUAAUGUUUUGUGUAAAAA